AUGAAUUGUUUUAAUUAUUAUAUGAAAAAUUAUUUUUCUCUGUUUUUCUUACUCAUUUUUUCUUUUUUUCUGUUUUUUAUUCCUUUUGUAUUUCUUUUUCCUUUCUUUCUUCCUCUCAUUAUCUUACUCAUUUUUUCUUUCUGUUUUUAUUCUGUUGACAUUUCUUUUUCCUUUCUUCCUUUCUCUCUUUAUUUUACUCAAUUUUUCUUUCUUUUUGUUUUUUAUUCCAUUCAUAUUUCUUUUUCCUUUCUUUCUUUCAUUAUCUUACUCAAUUUUUCUUUCUUUUUGUUUUUUAUUCCAUUUUUAUUUCUUUUUCCUUUCUUUCUUUCUCUCAUUAUUUUACUCAAUUUUUCUUUUUUUAUUCAGUUUUCCUGUCACAUAUUCUUUCUUUUGACAUAUUUAAUUUUUUCUUCUCUUUCUUAUUCAAUUUCUCUUUCUUUUUCUUACUCAAUUUUACUUUUUCCUAUUCAGUUUUCUUUCUUUUUUUUUCUUUCUCUUAUUCAAUUUUUCUUUCUUUUGUUAACCAUUUCCUUUUUUAAUAAUUUCAGGUUUAUUUAUGUAUUUGUUCAAAAUAACCAUAGUAAGUACACUAGUAGGAAUGAAUUUAAAAUGAUUUGA